CCUCCUUCUCUGUCUCUUUCUCCCCUUCGUCCUCCUGUCCCCUCCCGGCCCCGCAGCUCCCUGUCUGCAGGCUGCCGAGGCGGCUCCUUCGUGUUCAUCAUGUCCAGAAUCAAUUUGCGGAUCCGGGAGCAGCUUUUCUCCUCCCUCCUGCGCCAGGACCUCGGUUUCUUCCAGGAGACUAAGACAGGGGAGCUGAAUUCAAGGCUGAACUCAGAUACCAAACUGAUGAGUUCCUGGCUUCCUCUCAAUGCCAACGUGCUCCUGAGAAGUCUGGUGAAAGUGGUGGGACUGUACAGCUUCAUGCUCAGCCUGUCGCCGCGACUCACCUUCCUGUCUCUGCUUGAGGUGCCUCUCAUGAUAGCAGCGGAAAAGGUGUACAAUGUCCGCCAUCAGGCAGUGCUUCUGGAGAUCCAGGAUGCCGUGGCAAAGGCCGGCCAGGUGGUGCGGGAGGCAGUCGGAGGGCUGCAGACUGUGCGCAGUUUUGGGGCCGAGGAGCAUGAAGUCUGUCGCUAUAAGGAGGCCCUUGAACGAUGCCGGCAGCUUUGGUGGCGCCGAGACCUGGAACGGGCUCUCUACCUGCUCUUACGGAGGAUGGUGCACUUGGGGAUGCAGGUGCUGAUGCUGAGAUGUGGGCUGCAGCAGAUCCUUGCCGGGGACCUCACCCGGGGCGGGCUGCUCUCCUUUCUGCUCUUCCAGGAGGACGUGGGCCACUAUGUGCAUACCCUGGUGUACAUGUAUGGGGAUAUGCUGAGCAACGUGGGUGCAGCUGAGAAGGUUUUCUGCUACCUGGACCGACAGCCAAAUCUGCCUCCACCGGGGACACUGGCCCCUCCCACUCUGCAGGGCCGAGUGGAAUUCCAGGAUGUGUCCUUUGCAUAUCCCAGUCGCCCUGACCAGCCUGUGCUCAAGGGGCUGACGUUCACCCUACAUCCUGGUCAGAUGACGGCACUGGUGGGGCCCAAUGGGUCUGGGAAGACCACGGUGGCUGCCCUGCUGCAGAAUCUGUACCAGCCCACCGGGGGGAAGCUGCUGCUGGAUGGGGAGCCCAUCUCCAAAUAUGAACACGGCUACCUGCACCGACAGGUGGCUUUGGUCGGGCAGGAGCCUGUGCUGUUCUCGGGUUCUGUGAGGGACAACAUCACUUACGGGCUGAAGAGCUGCAGUGACGAAAAGGUGAUGGCUGCCGCCCAGGCUGCCAAAGCGGAUGAGUUCAUAAAAGAAAUGGAGCAUGGACUGUACACAGAUGUAGGGGAGAAAGGGAACCAGUUGGCUGUGGGACAGAAGCAACGUCUGGCCAUUGCUCGGGCCCUUGUGCGGGACCCGCGGGUCCUCAUCCUGGAUGAAGCCACCAGUGCGCUGGACGUCCAGUGUGAGCAGGCUCUGCAGGACUGGCAGUCCCGCGGGGACCGGACGGUGCUGGUGAUCGCUCACAGGCUGCAGACGAUUCAGAGUGCUGACCAGAUCCUGGUGCUCAGGCAGGGGGAGCUGCUGGAGCACGACCAGCUCAUGGCAGGGCAGGACCUCUACUCCCGCCUAGUACAGCAGCAGCAGCAGCUGCAGGAUUGAGGCCCGCGGACUCUGCGCCCCCUCGUGGGCAUCAUGACCCGAGCAGCGCCUGCUUGGAGUCUCCCUGGGGCUGUGCCUCUGGUAGUUGUUAGCUGUUCCUGGAGCUGAGGCAUGAUGGACAUUUGGACCACGUGUGCUUUUGCCAGGGCUGGGGAUGGGGUGCUGAUGAGCCGAGCUUUGCCUGAUGGCAUAAUAAAUGUAUUUUUAUGAAAUAAAAAUAUUUUUUCUUAUUAUAUAAAUAGAACACAUUCAUAUAGAAAAGUAAAUCUGACCCUUGUUUCACUUUACAGAUAACCACGGUUACUAUUUUGCUGGUUAUCCUGUCAGCCUUUUAUCUGUUCUUGAUGUACAUAUUAGGCAAUAUGACAUAAAUAUUCAUGAGGUUGCCGUUCUGUAGCCUUCCCCAUUUCCACCAGUGUUUGAUAUAUUGGGGGGAACUAGGGCAUGGAGGGGUAGAGCACAGUUCCAUAAUUUAUAGUGUUAAUAAAAAAUUGAUAGUGGCUACCA